CUCAUUGCAUUUGGCAGUCACCGAACCAAUGGAUUUUGCAAAGGAAAAUAAAUUCCAAUAGUGAAGCAUUUCUGAAUUUUAUUCUUCAUUAGAAUAUUUAAAUAAUCAUUCAUUAAUCAUUUAUUUAUCAACGGCGAUUAAUUGUAACAGUAUUUAACUGAGAAAUGGUGAUGUAAAACGUCAAAACAUUUUUUACGCAGUGCUGUGAAAAUUUUUCUACUAGAAGCACACGACGAAAAAAGGAGUACAAGGCAAAAGUAAAAGGCAGCAGGCUAGUUAAUGAGCAAAUUGAAUCGUAAAUUGCAAAGCCUAGCAAAAUCAAUUAAACGCAAUGGAGGAGAAACGGAUUGCUGACUACUUUGUAGUCGCUGGCAUGCCAGAACAACCGCAAUUGUUGCAGGAGAAUAUAUUUAGCGAAUCUGGGCAUUUACGUGCCGCCAAUACUAUUGAACCUAUCACAGAUAUUGGUGUAUACUUUCCGUUACUCGAUGAGGAAGUGCCCGAAGGUUAUGAGGUGUUGGAGACAACGCCUACAGGACUGCCUGCGAAUCUCAAUCAUGGCUCAAUGCGUUCAACAGAGUGUUAUAUUUAUUAUAAGCGUGGUAAAGAUCGACCGCCUUUGGUGGAUAUAGGUGUACUAUACGAUGGACAUGAACGCAUCAUGUCUGAUGCCGAAAUCGUCGCCGAAACACCGGGUGGACGUAUCGCAAAUGUGAAUAAUUCUUCAUCGAAAAUUUAUCUCACAUACCGACGUGCAAGACCCGAUAUGCCGUGCAACGAGCUGGUCGUUACCGAUUUAUGUGUGAUCGUACAAAGUAAAGGUGAAAGACCACCGCAUGCAUUCUGCCUCAUCUACAAAACGCUGAAUAAGGGUUAUAUGGGCAGUGAUGUAUAUUUAUGCUACAAAAAAUCUAUGUACCGUCCGAAAUUAAUCAGUUAUCAACCAGAAAUUUUACUGCGUUAUCCGACUGUCGAUCAUAAUGACUUUCCAUUAAAUCUCUGCCCAAGUGUGCCGUUAUUUUGUCUGCCGAUGGGUGCCUCCUUGGAGGCUUGGCCACAUGUAAAAGAGGGUGAAAAACGUAAACCCACGAGUCCUGUGUUUAGUACUUUUGUGCUGACUGUUAAUGAUGGCACAUACAAGGUGUAUGGUUCUGCUUUAACAUUCUAUGAAGAUUUUGAGGAAGCCGCUUUAAAUGAGAAACAGCGUGAACUAUUGGGUUGGGAUGAAGCGUUUGGCAAGCAGCACUCAUUGCAUAUAAUCAAAUCUAUUUGCCUUUUAUCACACUAUCCAUUUGGUGACACUUUUGAUAGAUGGCUGCGUUACUUGCAUCGCUUAGCGGUGCAUGGUGUCGAUUUACCAGUAUCAAUUGAGCGUUACGUAACGCAAUUGUUGGAUGAAGUACAAUUUCCAGCGCCCAGCAUACAUUUACAACUUUCCAGCGAGGCGAAAGAUCGCAUAUUACUUACGCAACCCGAAGACUCGCCUUUACCACGCAGCGGUGCUGGCUUUCACAUGUUACUGCAGAAUUUGGGCACUGAUAACUGUUUACAUGUUAUGCUGUUGGCGUUGAUGGAGCAAAAAAUCUUAAUACACUCCUUAAGACCCGCCACAUUAACAGCAGUUGGUGAAGCCAUCGUUUCGCUGCUCUUUCCCUUCAAAUGGCAAUGUCCGUACAUACCAUUGUGCCCACUUGGCUUGGCGGAGGUUUUACAUGCGCCAUUACCGUAUUUAAUAGGUGUUGAUUCACGCUUUUUCGAUUUGUACGAACCGCCACAAGAUGUGACUUGUAUCGACUUGGAUACCAACACGAUCAGCUUGUGUGAAUCACAAAAGCAUUUGACGAUAAAAUUAUUGCCUAAACGUGCUGCGCGCAUUUUGCGACAAACACUCAACGAAUUGGAAGUUCUAAAAGCCACACACAUCGAAUCAACAAAUAGCCUUGAUAAGGAUCUAAGAAAACGAAAGCGUGAGCUAGAUCUCGAGCAACGAAUUCAAGAGGCCUUUCUACUAUUUAUGGCAUCGAUUUUACGCGGCUAUCGUGACUACUUAACGCCCAUAUCGAAAGCGCCCUCUGUCGGCGCCACUGAUCCGAGUGCCUUAUUUCAGUUGAAGGCGUUCUCACGUUCACGCGAUAAGGCGCAUCAGAGAUUCUUUGAACUACUCAUGAAAACACAAAUGUUCAUACGUUUCAUUGAGGAACGUUCCUUCGUCUCGGAUGGCGAUCAUGGUCUGACAUUCUUCGAUGAAUGCGCGGAGAAGGUGGGCGCCUACGAUGACACACCGUCGGAUUUGCGUUUGGUUGACUGGGAAUCGGGGCAGAAUAGUGAGCGCACGAAGUAUAUAUUUCCGCCCGAUAGCGUGGGGCCCAAACAAGACACUUCGGGCGCUGUUUACAACUAUGCCAAUUUCACACUGAACCCCAGCCUUCUGAAAUUAUCGAAGAAGACUGCGCUGAACCACUUUCUACAACAGCAACUGAAUGGAUCGUUUGCGCCCGGUUCGCCAAUAGCGCGUCGCACAAAACACGAAAUCAAGCUCUCGCAGAAGAUGGCGCGCCGCUGUCAGAUGCAUCCGGAGGCGUGGUCGAAAUAUCUACUAGCCACUUGCUAUUCGAUUUACUUCCUCAUAUUACCGUCCAUGGUGAAUGAGACGCGUCAGACGCACAAGGAGCACGAUACAUUGCGUGCCGCCUACGAUAUGCUGGUGCGCGCCUCCAAACUGAAAAUCACCUGCGAUGAGUUUUGCUACCGCAUCAUGAUGCAGCUGUGUGGCAUACACAAUUUGCCUGUGCUGGCGGUGCGUCUGCACUACUUGAUGAAGCGCUCGGGCGUGCAGCCGAAUGCGCUCACCUACGGCUUCUACAAUCGCUGCGUGCUCGAAUCGGAUUGGCCCAGCGACAGCACGACGCUCAGCCAGCUGCGUUGGAAUCGCAUUAAGAAUGUUGUACUCGGCGCUGCGCAAUUCCGACGCGCCGGCAAGCGGCAUGCCGCGAAGAAACCGCUCUCCGCCUCUUGUGAGAAUAAUCUCAACACGCUUGAGACUGUGGAUGGCACUUCGCGCACCAGCUUGGAUUCAUCGACAUCGUCGCAUGUGGAGCGUGGCGCCGGCGAUGCGCAUGCCUACAGCGCGACACUGCUCGACUUCUCUGCGUUCGACAAGCUGCGCGGCAAGCUGGGUAGUAUUGUGCGCCAGUCAGCAAUGGCAAUGAGCGCGCAGGAUCCAGCCGGUGAUGUGAUCAGUUCAACUGCCGGUCUUUUGAUAUCGGGUGAGAAUAAAGCGAGCGGUGAAAAGUCGACUGGUGAUAAGAGCGCAACGCCGGCGAGCACAUCGGCGCCACAUACACCGAGCAGCCCACACAGUCCCGGCUGUGAUCUGGGCGUGGUAGGCGCUGGCGGCAAGCUGCAAUUGACGAAAACGGAGAGUUUUGGCGGCGACGCGCAGCUGCUGGACAAAUUGCAGCGCAAACAGUCGCUGCCCAACGAAACGAGCGGACCGCGCUAUAAGAUAAUGAAUAUCGGUGAUGGCGAAGAGUACAUAGCGGAUGAUGCAACGACGCUGAAAGAGCACGAAAUGGAGCAUGAGAUCGCGAGUUCGCAAGAGGAGCUCGACUUUGUGGCGCACAGCGCCGAUAUGAGUGCGGAGCAGGAGCAAAUCAGCAAUUUGCAGAGUCCAACGAAAAUAUCGCCACGUACGCCAGUCACUCAAAACGAUCCACUCGGCGCUUUAAAUGAAGAGCUGCAAGAUCAGACCACGCCCACAAACACCAAAGAGCCAGCCGGCGAACAACCGAAUGCUGGCGCCAAUAACAGCACUAUGUACACGGAUAAGCCGAUAUUAUUCAAGGGUCAACGCAGUGCCACCUUUGACGAAUCGACGCAUUUGAGCAAGAGCAUGCAGCGCUCGGAGACAAUGCCGGGCUCAAGUGUCGCCUCGAGCUUAGCCAAUUUUGGUUCAUCCAUCAAAUUCAGUAUCGGACGUUAUUCACCUGCACGAUUCUCAUUUAAGAAAGACAGUUUCAAGCCCAACAUUAUUAUAGAAAAUAUUUCGAAUAUAAGUCCAAGUUUAACCAGUAAAAAAUCGAAUGAGAUCAUACAAGGUAGUCUGAGUAGCAUAAAGUACGCCGCCAAUUCGUUAACACGUAAAUUCGAUGAGAUUAAGGGCGCGUUCUCGACCCAAACGACGCCGGUGAAAACGCCCGGCAGCGUAGGACACGCCGAGGGUGCGACCGAUGAGGAUAUGAUCGCACAUGAGGAUGGCACACUGAAGAUGCGACGUGUCUCCAGCGAUUUAGAUCCCUGGGGCAGGCUGAGCGAGUCACGCAAGUCGAGCUACAACAAUUUGGUGCCGUUGGGCGAGAAUUCUUCGGCGUUGAAUUUGAGCGCAUUUCCAGUGCUGCCAGAGAAUUUAUAUACAACGUUGACGGAUAUAGUGGAGCGUCCCGACUGUGAUGUACUCAUACAAAUCACUUCGUGUUCGCAAUGCCACAACUGUUCGGUAUUACUCUACGACGAAGAGAUUAUGUCCGGUUGGUCGGCGGAGGAUUCCAAUUUGAAUACAACCUGCCAUGCAUGCAAUAAAUUAACCGUGCCAUUCCUGAGCGUACAAAUUGUGGUGGACGACUCCUUGAAGGCGCUGAAGCAAUCGGAUAGCUUGACAAUACCAUAUCUAAAUCCGUUGGUAUUGCGUAAAGAGCUCGAAAAUAUACUGACACAGGAGGGUGACAUAGCGCUGGUGAAGCCAAACUUUGUGGAAGAGCAUCCAAUCAUCUAUUGGAAUCUAUUGUGGAUCAUGGAACGUAUUGAAAGUAAAACGCACCUACCGGAGCUUUGUCUGCCCGUGGCGUCUGAUGAGGAAUGCGAUCCACUCAGCAAGGUGAAGACUGUCAGCAUCCAAUGCUUGUGGGAUAAUUUGCGUCUACACAGCGAAGCCGGUCCGCCCAUGUAUAUACUGUAUAAACAAAAUCAGCCAGCCAGUCCGCUGUUGAAAGCGCUACUCACCGAUCAGGCGCAUUUGAAUAAGAACGUCAUUCAACAAAUCAUUUCGGCCAUACGCUGCAACGAUCUAUUGACGCCCGUCAAACGCUUGGCCAACGAACGCCACAAGUUGCAGAAUAACGGCGUGAAUCGCACACACUCCAUCUAUCGUGAUAUACUCUUUUUGGCGCUCACCGCCAUCGGCCGCUCCAAUGUCGAUUUGGCCACAUUCCAUCGCGAAUACGCUUCAAUCUUCGACAAGUUGACCGAAAAGGAAUGUAAAAUGUUCUAUCGCAAUCAAGAUUUGCCACCAUCGGCGGCUACCAUCUUCUGUCGUGCUUAUUUCAAACCGUUAUUGCUUCCUUGACGUGAAAUCAAUUAUUUGCAACAUGAUUUCCACAACAACAACAACAAUGCGAAGACGGCAAAUACAACGCAUGCGAGUGAAGACGAUGCAGACGUUGUGACGGAUGUGUUUGACGUUGCUGCAAAUGAGCACUCUUUAGAGUAACCGUUACAUUAUGCAUAAUGAGUGUAAGGAAGGAAGCGCGCGCAGUUGCUGUUGUGUAAUACGAAAUUGUAAAUUGAUUUAUGAUAUAUGAUAUGAUAAUAACGUUAAAAACAAGUAAGAUAUACAAUGAUGCUGUGGAUUUACAUAAAUGGAAAUGGCAAACUUAAAACGGUACAUAUUAACAUUUCAGGCUUAUGUUCGAUGAAUAUGUGUGUAUUUGGUGUGUGUGUGUAAGGUGUUUGUGGCGCAUGCGUGUCUGUCGAGAAUUCAUGCAUACACUUUGAAAGUUGAAUAUAUAGUUUAUGCCACAUACUGAGCCAUAACGGUACUUUUCGCUCAUCUUUACUGUAUUGAAAUUAGUUUGAAAUAAUUGUUUUGAAACGCUUAGCGGGUUUUUAAUGCUCGGUAUUUUUAUGUAUAACAUAAAGCAGUUUGUUAGAAAAGACAAUAUUAAUAUAGAAGCUGCAUAAAUGAAGUUAACGGAAAUCUUUUUUUUAUUGUUUAAAAAUUUUUUUUUCAAACAAAAAAUUGUUUUUAAACAAAAAAUUUUUUUUAACUAAAAUUUUUAUUCAAACCUUUUUUUUACAACAAUUUUUUUAAAACAAAUAUUUUUUUUUAACUUUUUAAAACAAUUAUGACAAAAUUUUUCUCAUUAGCACCGCAAUCAUUAUUUUGUUUGAAGUCUCGAAAGCUCUAAAAUAAGCUAAUUACAAUUUUUUCAGUAACUUUGUUGCACAUUUACUUAAUUUAAGCUAUUUUCUUUGUCUGCUAUAAUUUUUUAAUUUGUUCGAAACAUUUUAAAUGUUAAAAAAUAAUUUCAUUUUUUACAGAAUUUAUUUUCUUAAUAAAUAGUUGCUUAGUUGGUUAAUUUAAUUUAAAACUGCAAAAUUAUACACUGGUGUUCUUGUUGAAUAGAAAUUUAAAAUUUCUUCAAUUUUUUAAUACAUUUUACCAAAAAAACACUUUGUUGUUGCUUUUAACUACAUAAUUUUUGUAUUGCUCAAUGUUCGAAAAUAGCAAUAUUGUUCAAAGCUCAUCUAUACUAAAUUUAAUUUAGCAUGAAUGCUACAUAUUUUUCGCAUACACUUAAUAUGUAUAAUUUCUUUUUAUAAAAAAAAAAAUUAAUAAAAUAGAAAUUUUCUUAAAAAAAUAUAAUAAAUAUGUAUUUAAGCAAGUUUCGUGGUGUAUGGAGUUCGAGUAUGAAUGCACGUUAAUAUUAGUGAAUGAAUAAUAAAUUUACACAAAAAAAUAACAAAAAAACACAAGCUGGUUAUGGUACGAUUUUCGGUAAUGGUACUUAAGGAGCAUUAAACAAAAAGAAAGAAAUUCCUUCACGUAAACUUAGCUUUAAAACGCACUAUGUACUACGUCAUUUCCUACACAACUAGCAAACACGCCGCAAAGCGUUGACUGCCCCCAAACAGCAGGCUAGUUUUAGUGACAAUACACUUUCGUGCUCAUUUUGGUAUUUUGUACUUUUUCGUAAAUAUGUAGCAUGUACUCCGUAUGUAUGUAUGAUUAUGUAAAUGUAAGUGUUUUUUUUUUUUGUUUUUGGAAAUGCACUGAUAUCACACUCAGUCACUCGCUAAAUACCCGUAAUCCGUUCAUGCGUAAUUUGCCUUAUUAUGGAACGCACCAGACACUAGCAGCCGAGAUAAGAAAGCACUUAUAUAAAACUAUAUACUAAUUAAUUUAGCAAUACAACUUGUGUGUGUGCUGCAAUGUCCUGAAAUUUGAUUAAAAUAUAAUUAAAUAUGAAUGCAAUGAAAUCAAUCAACCAAAUGAACAAUAUUAAUAAUAACAAAUUAAAAAUUGAUUUAUUGUUAAUUAUUGUAAGCAUAAUUAUGUAUUUUAAUAUCAUAUACAGAUUAAAAAAAAGCACGGCGUACAUACCUACAUACAUUUAUAAUAUAUUAAAAACUAACUUUGGUCGCCCAAAAUUUCGGUUAAUAAUAUACUUGUAUACUAUACAAAAUAAAUUAAAUUAUGUUAGACAUAUGUAUGUAUGUAUCUCCAAGUUAGCGUUUAUGAGCAAAAAAAAAAACAAAAAAAAUCAAUAAAUCAAGAAGUUCAUACUUAUAUUACAACAUUAACAGAAUGAAUAUCCUUUAGAAAUGUUUUACAACUAAAUACGUUUACAUAAAAUAAAUAAAAAUUGUCACUAUACGAAAAUUUCAAAUUGAUUGUAAUUAUUGAAUGGGAAGUAACCAUACAUUUCUAUAUUAAUAAUGAUACUAAAAGAAUUUAUUAAUGAUAAAAAUACUUCCAAAGUCGUUGAAACGUUGGAAGGCGUCAAACACAAGUCAUGUUUAACCUGCCUACAUUUAGUAUUUCAAGGUGCCAGCAUUAUAUGAACCACAUAAUUUUUAAUACCACAAGAAUACAGACUUUAACGGUGUCAUCCCAUGUGACUGCCUGUUUGUUUGGUGAUUUUUAAGAAUUUUUUUCUACAAGUGUUGCGCGCUGCGAUCAAGUGAAUAUGCCAAAAAUGGGAUUCUGGGUAGACUUUUGAAAAAGUUUUUUGCUAUAAAAAAAUCGAAAUUUUUGGAAUUUUUAAUUAAUUUUAUAGCGUUCCAUACGUUUACCUGUGCUGAGUGCACCCAAUAAAUUUCAACUCAUUCGGUCAUGCCGUGUUUGCGAUACGAUGGAGGAAAGUUUGAAAAACAGUUUUGAGAAAAACGCGGUCAAAAUAUCCAGCUGCCAACUGAGUGCUUCGGACAGAUCCUUCUUCUAACUGCUAAAACUUAAUAUUGCUUCGAAUUUCUAAAAAUCACUACUACCGAUUUCUAGACAUGUUAAUAAAGCAAUUUAUGAUAAAAGAAUGUUUAAUUUUUCACAUACCCCUUCAGUCAUACAUGAUUAUCAAUUACACUAAGCGUGUCUUAAAGGCGCACUCACUGCACAAGAACCAUACUUAUACAUACAUAUCUUUAAAUGCAAGACGUCUUUGUAAUUUGAAUAUUUUAACUAAAUAAUAAUCAUCAGAUGUUUUCAACACCGCGCCGCUAAAACUUAGGCUCUCAAUAAGGUAUGAGUAUUUUUGAAACACGUUUAUUAACUUCACCUGUAAGUUAUUUUAAAUUCAUUUUAAAAAUCUUUAUACAUAUUAACAAAAAUUAAUUAAAUUUUAAACUUUAGUAAAUGUCAAAAAAAAAAAUCACGACAUUUAAUUUUGACAAUAGCAACCUUACUCGAGGUCAAAGCUUUUACGCACGGCAAGGAAAUUCGCACAGGGUGAUACCGGAUAAAUCAAAAUACAUAUCCGUACUGUCAAGCGGAAAACAUAUUUUCAUAGUAAAAGUUUAAUGCUGUUUCAACAAAAACUAAUAUUAUUAAAUUUAAUUUAACAACUCCAAUAUAAAACUUUAACACAAUCAUUAAAGAGCGCCACUAAAACGAAUGCAAUAAUCAAAACAAAGAAAAAAACCAAAAUAACUGGAAGCUUAGCAUAACGGAAGUUAACAUCUGACAUUUCAUUUCCAUUGAUGCGCAAAAUUUUCAGUUUGCCGGUCAACAUAUUAAAAUGCGGAUGCUAAAAUUUAGUUGUGCUGUGCGCGUAUAGUUUUUAGAGGAAAUGUUUUAUUAAACGCCCAUUAUAUUAAUCUGUGUGUUGAUAAUCGUUCAAACGUUUUGUUUGCGGCGGUAAUAAAAUGAGAAUAUUUGCAAAAGCCAUAUCCAAAGCAAAUUGUAAAAUCGUCAUCAUUUCGCAAAAUAAAUAUAAAUGUUAAUGAAGCUAUCGUUUAAUUUACAAACAUACAAUAUAUGUAUACAAAUUACAUAUAAAGUGUUGGAAUCUACUUUUUUCCUCAACGGAAAAAAUUUAAAGACUUCCACAAAACUCAUAACCAAAGAAUUAACCUCAAAAUAAAAUGCUUUAAGAAAAGGGAAAUGUUUGCUUAAAUGCUAAAUAUAUGUAUGUGCAAUACAUUUGUGUUUUAGUGUUAUUUGUGCAUAGAUUCCUUUUUUCUUUGAUGGCGUUAAAAAUAAGUGAAAUAUUUAACCAAAAAAAGUCGCCUACUACAAAAUGGAAUGAAAUGAAGUGCUACGCCAAAGAAGCGGUGUCUAUAAAAGUGAUCAGUGAUUAAUAUUUUUAUGAAUGAAAAAAUUGUGUAUAUAAUUGUUGUUUGAGAAAAAUAGCUGGCAAAAAAGAACGCAACUUUGAUAAAUACAAACCUCACGUCGGAUCGGCAUCGUAUUUUAUUGCUGCUCUAAAUGGGGUUCGUCGCUUUCAAGAGUGAUUCAUUUAAAAUAUAUAAUAGCAAGAAGAUUAUUUUAUGAAUCACUUCUAAUAAAUUGGUUAACCUCCUACGGGGUAAGCGUGUAAUGGAACAUGCGUACAGCUCACCUUCGCUAACGCACUUACGUUCGUUCCCUGAGUCGGCUGUGACUACUACUGCACACAACACGCACACAGUUGGCAAACACACAGCAAACAGCAACAACAACAACACUCAUGCACGCACACACACCGGUUUAAAAGAAAUCGAGUUUUUCCACACCGACACACACCAACACCAGCCACACACACAUCAAGUACAAAGGUGUUGCUGACUCGUAAGCCGCACCACAGUCAGUCCAAAAGUUACGUUCAUUCAGUUCACUCGGUCUUUGUGAAGCGUUUGCGUCGUAGUCGUUGUCGUGUUGUGCGCUACGCUUAUCCAUCGUCUUUCGCCUGUUGCCGCAGUAUAUCCGUAGUGCUAAUAAUAAUCAAAAAUAAUAUUAUUUUGUAUACAUUUUUGAAGAAACGUGUUCGCGCCUGUAAUUUGCAAGCAAAUUGUGCAGUUUGCAGCGAACUUGGCGUAUAAUUUUCGCAAUAGCAUUAUACUAAAUCAAUUGCGCAUGCAAAUCAAUUGUAAGAGCGUCUGUAUAGCGCAAAAAGUGUGAAAAAAUAAAGCGUGUGGGAUACGCAAAACCCAUUGAAAAUAAAAAAAAAAAAUAUUGCAAUAAAAACAGCAAAAAAUAAUUGCAAAAAAUAUGUGCAAAGAGAAAUGAAACAGUAACG